AUGGCCGCCGCCUUAGCCGAGCCGGACAUUGAAGCCGAUGCCGGAAUUUCAAGACCUGGAAAGUUGGGCAAAAGGAGGAUAUCAAUUCAGGACCAGUCCGACAGGCUGCCGUUUCGCAAGCUGCUGCUGGUGUUCAUGGCCAUGGCACUCGCAUUACUUCUUUCUUUUCUCGACAGUACCAGUGUCAGUACGGCCCUACCGGCAAUUGCGAAUGAUUUCAGCGCGGCAAAGAGUAUCAGUUGGGUGGGCAAUUCGUUCUUGAUUGCGAAUACUGCGUUUCAAGUCUUAUAUGGGCGGAUCAGUGACAUCUUUGGGAGAAAGUGGGUGUUGAUGGGAGCUCUCAUGAUCUUUGCCCUCGGAAACCUUCUUUCGGGUUUCUCGCAGAACAUGGCAAUGAUGAUUGUAUUCCGAGCUGUGGCGGGUGCUGGAGCAGGAGGUAUCAACAGUCUUGCAAUGAUCAUCUUCAGUGACCUGGUAUCUCUACGAGAACGUGGUAAAUACCAGGGCUUGCUAGGUGCCGCAGUCGCAAUUGGAGGUGGAAUCGGACCCGUUAUUGGAGGCGCGUUUAGUGAAGAGGCGACCUGGCGGUGGGUGUUUUGGUUCACCGUACCACUGACGGCCAUUUCCGUCGUCCAAAUCUUUUUCUUUCUACCCCUCAAGCACGUUGUUGGCAGCUUUCGGGGGAAACUUGCCAAAGUCGAUUGGUUUGGUACCUUUCUCAUUCUCGCAGCGACCAUCUUUAUCUUGGUUGCCAUCUCGGGCGGAGGAUCCUCAUAUGCAUGGGACUCUGCCUUAGUGAUUGCCCUCUUAGUGCUUGGUGGAGUCAUCUUCAUCGCAUUCCUGAUCGUUGAAUGGAAGGUUGCCCCACUACCGAUCAUGCCAUUAAGGCUCUUCAAGAACCUUUCGGUCUGCGUGAUCUUCAUUCAGACGUUUUUGGUUGGUAUCGUCUACUAUGGCAACCUAUACUAUCUACCAGUUUACUUUCAGAUCGUUCGAGGAAAGACAGCUAUCGAGUCAGGUGUUCUUCUCCUGCCUCUAGUCAUUACGCAGACUGUGGCAUCCACUGUCUCGGGUCUUGUUGUCUCAAAGACUGGGAGAUAUAAUCCCUCCAUCUGGACGGGCUUCGUCAUUUGGACCAUCGGACUUGGACUACAGACCACGUUUGACCGGAAUACCUCAAUCGCAAAAAUUGUCGGCUACCUCAUUCUCGAGGGUUCCGGCAUUGGUCAGACCUUUCAAACCACACUCGUCGCAGCCCAAGCAAAUGGUCAUAAACAAGACAGAGCCGUCAUCACUGGUACCCGCAACUUCUUCCGCAGCAUCGGCGGAAGUUUCGGGCUCGCUAUCUGUGGAUCUAUCUUCAAUAACCUCUUGAUGGAGCACCUAGAGGCAUCGCCCGUUUUAUCAAACUCCGAGGCAUCAGCGAUUGACUCAUCGAGCUUGUCUCUGCCAACGGGCUUAACAGCUGCAGAACGGAACGCGGCACUAGACGCGUACAAUUCUGCCCUCAAGCCAUGUUGGUACAUGUUCCUCGGUGUGGGUGCAGCUAGCGCGGUGCUCAGCUUCUUCGUGAAGGAUAACCUGAAGGACCAAAUCGAGGAAGCGCAACCGGAGAGGAAAAAGAAGAGUAAGCAGGAUGACGAGGAGAAGCCGAAGGAGAAGGAGGACAUCGGGAUGGAGUCCGACGCAAACACAAAGUUGGAUGAGAGUGCGGUUGACCCUCUGGAUGUGACAGUAUCAGAGGACUCCGCGGAGGAUCAUUUGAGGAAGAAGGACGGUACGACAACUUGA